ACAUCAUUUCCUGUUUACUUGCGUCUCCGUAAAAUUCCAACUGCGUAUUAUUGUUAUUAGUUGUUGUUGUUGUAGUAGUAAUAAUAUUUAUUUAAUAAUAAUAAUAAUAAUAAUAUUCGUUGUGUAUUGUUCGCCUCUUGGAUUUGAGCGUUUUUAAACAUGCACUUCCGGUGUCGUUGUGGUAAACGCACUAGUGUUCCGUCCUCGGCUCCAAGAGGACCUUUUUCAUGAAGAAAUCUAAUUUUGGUUAACAGCACUAUGGAAGCGUUUAUCAUUUCCUACGGCAUUUUUUUCUUGUUUUGUCAAGACGAGAAGCACCUAAACAUUUUAGAACGGCGUUUGGAUGCAUUAUAAUCUUCCUAAUAUAUAUAUAUAUAUUAUAUAUUUUAUAAUCUAUCUGCCAUAACAAUAAUGGAAGGAGUGCUGUACAAGUGGACUAAUUACAUGACAGGAUGGCAGCCACGUUGGUUUGUGUUGAACAAUGGAAUCAUUUCAUAUUACGACUCACAAGAUAAUGUGUGCAAAGGCAGCAAGGGCAGCAUCAAGAUGUCUGUGUGUGAAAUUAAAGUUCACCCCACUGAUAAUACCAGACUGGAGCUGAUCAUACCCGGGGAGCAGCAUUUCUACGUGAAGGCCGUGAACGCAGCUGAGAGACAGAAAUGGCUGGUCGCUCUAGGAAGCUCGAAGGCUGGGCUUGCAGACACAAGAACCAAAAAAGAGAGAGAAUUAACAGAGACCACCGAGUCUUUGAAAACCAAGAUGUCAGAACUGCGUCUGUACUGUGACUUACUAAUGCAGCAAGUUCACACCAUUCAGGAGUCGGUGGAGCAGGAGGGAGACCAUGCAGAGACGAGGAAUGAGGCAUCGUCUUUGUUGAGUGCCACGUGUAAUACCUUCAUUCAGACACUGGAGGAAUGUAUGAAGAUUGCUAAUUUGAAGUUCCAGACAGACAUGCUGCAGUCGAGUCCUUCAGACCCGCUAAUGUCACCUGUCUCCCCGUCUCCCAUCCAAAUGGCCAGAAUGAAGCGCUCCAUCAGCCAUCCAGGCACGUAUAGCUAUGACAGGCCAAGUGCGCUUAUAGAACACAGAUCAUCACAGAGACGCACACGGACAUGCUCAGAUACAGAGGCUCUCAGUGACGGUGGUGCAGAGGAGAUGGAGCGUCCUGUGCUGUUGCCCAAAGCCAGUGUAAACGGUGACACCGCACCGGUAAUUCCCGAAGAGAUCGGCACGGGGACGUGUUUAAUAAUGGAGACGGACACUCCGGAGUCAGACUUGUCACUUUGAGCACAGAUUUUCCGGGGUACUCGAGCAGGAGGAAACAUGCUGAUGUGCAGCUACUGUUUGCAGCGCCGCAUUACUGAUGUUUAGGAAGUAUUAUUUCCCUCGGUGAAGAAUCCUGUUGCACUUUAAUAAGAAAAUGGCCGAAAACAAAGUUUGAACGUUCGUAUUUUAUUUUUAUUUUUUCCCUAGCAUUUUAAUUUGCUUUGUUUUGCAGGUAAAUGUUGUUUGGUUUGUGAUACACGAGCCCCUCGGUGAAGAGUAUCGAAAUCCACUGUGGAUUUCACAAGUGACAUGUAGCCUUUCGUGAAGAGAACCUUGAUGAGUAAGGUUCUAGUUACAGUGCCAAGUGAGAGGCAAUACUGUGAGUGUACUGACAGUAAAGGGUAAUUCUACCUUCUUGUUUUUUUUAAAAAUUAUUUUCGAAAUGUCUGUAUAAUUAGCUGAGUGAGAGGUUAACACUGAUGUACUAAAAACCUCUAAACUGUUACACAUAAGAGUUACGCUAAGAGUUUAAUCUUUGGUCAGACCUAAACCAUGUUUAUGUAGCGUAUAGAUAUCUAAAUUACAUUCUGCAGAAAGUAUGGAGAAAAAAAAUAAAGAAAGAAAUCAUUCGUAACAUUUGCCACAAUGAAUCUAAACAUAUAGAAUGACACGUGUAUUUUUACAAACAAAAUGGCUUUCACUGCACUUUAGUCCCCGUCAUAAGUGUUAUUUUAAGAUAAUGUUCCUAACUAAGCAAAAACAGAGCAAAUUAUACUGACAUUUUGAAAAAUCAAUGGAAUUUCCCAUUACAUUAAUGCUUCACUUUUGUUUUAUUGUGCACUCGGCAUGCUCCAGUGUUUACACAGUUAUUAUGCAAAUACACACUUUUUUUAAUUUAUUAAGUUGCCAGACUUUACCAGUCAUUUUCCCUUUUUCAUAUAUAUAUAUAUAUAUAUAUAUAUAUAUAUAUAUAUAUAUAUAUAUAUAUAUAUAUUUCCCCUAUAUAUUUUUUGCCUUAAACCCGAUUCUUCGUAUGGAGGAAGUUGAUGUGUUAAUAUAUUUCAUGUAGAAAAAAAAAUACAUUGAAAAAAUACAGGUUUUUUUAAUUAUUAUUAUUAAUAUUUUUCUCUAUCUUGUACAUGGCAUUACUGCUGAACAUUCUUCCUGCACAUGUUUACCACAGAUAGGGAAAUCUAGCUUUAACUCUAUCAUUACCCUGCUUUACAUAGUCUGCUACCAAAUUGACUUAUUGGUUGAUCAUUUCUGGCUUCCCCAAAAGGUGUUGUGGGUAAACUGUAAUCUAACUGAUUAUAUGACGGUGCAGAAAGAAGAGGGUUUUUUUUUUUGUUUUUUUUUUUAAGGAGUUCUGGUUGAUAGUUGCAAGAAUGAACAUUACAGAAUGAAUCUGUUUUCAGCGGAAUCAGCCACUUUAUGUAAUGCUCAGCUCAAGCAGAACAGAAACAGAAAACUGCAACCCGAUGUGCUCUUCCUUCCUCCAACAUCUCUUUAUUUUAUGAUUUUGUAAUAUCCAGUACAGCACUCUUACAACAGCUUCAAGAGAAUAAAGUCGUUUUGAAGCAUAAUGUA